AUGGCCCCGGAAUUACCUGGCUUCUACUAUGACAAAGACAAAAAGAAGUACUUCAAAAUUGUAAAUGGAACUUCGGACAAACACACUAGUCGGUAUCACAACAGUAUAGUGCAAUCAGAGAAGCGGAAAGCGGAUUUUGAAAGGGCUACGAAAGGUUUCCCUUUGAGUAGACCUAAAGAAAAGAAGGGGAAAACUCAAAAGCAAGAGGACCUUAGGUUAAAAAAUGCAUUGAUCAAGCAGAACAGAAGGUCAAUUGACAAAAUACGGCUGAACAAGAUCGAUCUCUUGGCCCUCAAAUUGCAACCCAAUUCGAAUAAUUUUGAUGUUGCAAUUUUGGACAUUGGGUUGAAUUUAGAGCUAGUUGAGUGCAAAACAGAUCUGAAAUUUGCCAGGUGUACCAAUCUAGCUGUACACUCUUCCAAACAGGUACAGGAACCGGUGUUAAUUAGUGAAUUUGGAAUGGAGACAAUGGAAGCUCAAGAAGUUAGUGGAAGGGUGAUACCUAUGGAAUGUAUGUCUAGCGUGAACUUUGCGAAUUUUGUCCGCACAUUGGGGGAUGAUGUACUAGUAGAAUGCUAUACUAGCGCUAUGUCUUGUGUUAGCAAUGAUAGUAAUACCCUGGUGCUAAGGGUUUCUACUGCAUACGUGCCUUCGGAGCGCUACGGCCCAAGAUCAGUGAUACUAGCUGAUGUCUACAAUAUUGAAAAUCACAAUCCUCGAUGGCACUAUGAUAUUACUCGUGAGUUGAGGUUUCUAGGUCCCAAGAGGCCACAUCUAUUUGGCUUUGAUAUGAUUGCGAAUUUAGGACUGGAGCAAGCUGUCGAGUCAAACAAUAGGAUUGCAAUCCAAUUCCAACUACCAGCAGAGCGACAAGAGGGACAUACUUCGUAUGUAACUUCUUCACAUCUAUAUGAUACGAACCUAUUUCUCGGCACAAGUAUAGGUGAGAUAUAUGUUGUGAACCUAGAUGUCUACGGUAUUUCAUUCCUAGAAAAGGAAAACUAUAUCUUAAGGUUAUUCACAGUUCCCAUAUCUACAAUCUGCUCUGUCGAUUCCGUAUCCAGGUUUCUUGUAUCAGAUGUAUCAGGAAACAUUUGUGUGGUGGAUGAGGGAAAACCAUUCGGAGAAAGAGAGCUUUACAUAUCCCAUGAAUCUAAAGUUACGAACUUUUUCCCUUUUGAGAAUCAUUUCAUUGCUGUAGGUCUACAAGGGAUUAGUGCGUACGACUAUCUGGGAAAUGCUAUACACAAGGUGGAAUACUUCAAUAACAACAUAACAAAUCAGAUAUCCAUAAAGUUUGGGAUUAAUGGAAAACAAAGAAGUUUUAUAUUGGUGAAUGAAUCUAACAACGAGUUGAGGUUGAUUCAUCUCGAGACUUUUCGAUCAAGAGUAUUAAAAUUACUGGAGCGUCAUAACAUGGGUCACAAAUUGAAGAACAUGGUUGUCUUUGAAGGUUCGAAAGUCUUACAGGCGUUCUUCGAACAUAAUGGGAAUGGAUAUAGAAAGGUUUAUAAGUUUAAAUAA